UAUUUUAAUUCUCGUACGUCCUCUCACAUGCAGCUCACAUGCGAUUGAUGUCUAAGCUGGUUUUAUUUAUUUAUUUCUGAAGAUUAUCGUACAUCGUACCCAACCUGCUCAACCAGGGACCUUGAAAUUGCGCGACCUUGAUCACCGACACCAAAAUAAGUCCCCCACCCUCUGAGGAGAAGUUUGGUGCUUGCGUUUUCAUCUUUUGUUUGUUUUUUUCGUCAAUCGUCAACGUCGAGUCACGGUCGAGUGUUCGGGGUGAGAGGAAAUCUUUCAGCUGUAGUGAAUUAUAGUGGUUUUGCGUUUUCAAAGAAGAUUUUCUUUCGUUUGUCGAGUUCAUUUUAUUAUUUAUGAAGAAUGAAUCAUGUUUCGUGUCCGUUUGAUCCGGCCCACGUUGUGGAAAGCAGAAAACUACAAGCUCAUUUAAUCAAAUGCAAACGAAAUCUUCCAACCAAUCAUGACUAUGUGCAGUGCAAUUUCUGGCAUUUGCACUAUGUAAGGAAAAGUGAGUUGGAUUCACAUCAUGCCAGUUGUCAACAUAGGCUUGAAAAAGAAGCCUUCAAGGUUACAUGGGAAUCCGAGACAACCAAGUUUUUUGAGCCUAAACUAUUGGUUAAUAAACCGGCUGAAAAUUGUGUGUCUAAUGCAAGUGAGUUUUUGGAUUCUUGGGAUACUGACACAGGAGGACCUUGUUUCAAAGCUGACGAAAUGAUCGCCGGAGCGAUCCAUAUGACGGUUCCUCAAGGUCUAUCAAAGUCAAAGCGCCAAGAAUUUCGUGAAAAAGAACUUGAACGGCUUCGGCUGCGCGGAGAGAGGAAGAAUGAAAACGUUGGUCAUGGAAAGGGAAACGACAUUACAUUUGAAAACGGACAAUCGAAGCCUCUUCCAACGCCACGAAAACCAGAUGAGAUUUCUAUGCUAAGACUCGGACGCAUUGCUGCCAAAUUUCCAGCUCAGAUAGGAGGAGGAGGAAGAGGCAGGGGUAUCCUAGGACCAGCAGCUGUUACCGGUUGGGGCCAUUUAGAGUGAUCGAGACAAAUUAUUUGAAUUGAUAAUCACAAUUAAGAAAUCCGCAAUUUAAUUUGUUUUCAAAUGUUAAGCAACUCAGAUUUCCUGUAAAAGUUAAUAAAAAGGAAAAUAAUGUA